CUUCUAGUGUCGUACCUCUUUCUUCGAGAAAUUUCUAAAACUGGAAAGGUGACCGGAAAACAGAUGGCGUUGUAUUAUUUCCAUAGAUACUGGAGGUUGACACCACUCUACAUGCUUGUCAUUCUAUUCUAUACCCAUCUUACUAAGUACUUAAUGGACGGUCCACAGGUAGCGACGGCUGUAGGAAUAGGAGCAGAACAGAACUGUAAAGAUUAUUGGUGGACAAAUCUUUUGUACAUUAACAAUUUAUAUAAAUCGGACUCAACAGAAAUGUGUAUGGCCUGGUCGUGGUAUCUAGCAAAUGAUAUGCAGUUUUAUGUCAUUAGUCCGCUGGCAUUAAUUCCACUAGCUCUAGGGUACAAUGUUAUUGGUAUACUAGUACUACUGGGACUGGUUGCAUCGCAGAUUAUUUCAACUGGUUAUAUAACAUGGAAUAUUAACUUCGCGGGUUUCUUACAACAAGGUGCAUUUGGAAAAUUUUUUGAACAGGUUUAUGUGAAACCUUAUAGCAGAGUUGGUGUAUACGCCAUUGGUUUGAUUCUUGGUUUCAUCAUUCACAAGACCAAAGGGAAACGGAAGAUUCCUAAGUUAAUUUUAGUGAUUGGUAGUAUAAUUGCUGCUGUAUUCGGUCUCUUAUCAACAUAUUUAACUUAUGAUAAUUACAAAGUAGAUGGACACAAAUGGACAAAUGAAUACUUUAUGGCACAAGAAACACUUUACCGACCUGCUUGGGCUAUUGCUGUUGCCUGGAUGAUUUUCGUUUGUGUUAAUGGAUACGGAGGUAUUGUUAAUAGCUUUUUAUCAUGGAGUGCCUGGAUACCACUGUCUAGAUUAACGUAUGGAGCAUAUUUAGUUCAUCUUAUAAUUCUGUCAGCUGAAACAGAAAGCAUCAGAUCUUUUGCAUAUAUAGAUAUGUAUUAUAUGAUCAAUGGUUUUAUGGGAACAUUUGCACUGACGUUUGCAGUUAGUUUUAUCUUGGCUUUAUUAAUCGAGGCACCAUGUUUGGGGUUGGAGAAAAUAUUUAUUAAAAAAUAGACAUUAUCCAACAUUUGUCACGCCAUCGGUCAC